UGAGCCAUGGCCAGGAGCCAGGUUCUGCUGCUUGCACGCUCCUGGGCAGACAGGAGGCAGCAGACAAAGCCUCCUUUUCUAUAUAUACAUCCGAGACCUAGCCCACCUGUGUCCUACACGGCACCAGGAGGUAACGUGAGAAUUCUGAGUUGAAUUCCUGAGGGCGGCCCCACCAUGCAGUGGCUAAUGAGGUUCCGGGCCCUCCAAGGAAUCCGAAAAUCCUUCCAUGGCAUCCAAGCUGCCCCUUGGCCACUGCGCUGCCAGUCUGUGUCAGGAGCUGGAGCCCCAAGAUGGAAUGACUUUGAUAAACCUGAGGAAUUCAACUUUGCAAGCUAUGUGAUGGACUAUUGGGCUCAAAUGGAGCAGGAGGGCAGGAGAGGUCCAAACCCAGCCCUGUGGUGGGUGAAUAGCGAAGGAGACGAAGUGAAGUGGAGCUUCUCAGAAGUGGCCAGCUUAACUCGCCGAACAGCCAACGUCUUCACACAGAGCUGUGGCCUGCAGCGGGGAGAUUUUCUGGCCUUGGUUCUGCCUCGCGUGCCUGAGUGGUGGCUGGUGGCUAUUGGCUGCAUUCGAACAGGGAUUGUCUUCAUGCCUGGGACAACCCAGCUGAAAGCCAAGGACAUCCUCUACCGGCUUCAAGCGUCGAAAGCCAAGGCCAUCGUGACCACAGAUACCCUUGCUCCAGAGGUGGACUCCGUGGCUUCCGAGUGUCCUACUCUGAAAGCCAAGCUCCUGGUGUCCAAUCACAGGCGAGAUGGGUGGCUGGACUUCCACUCACUGAUACAGUCAGCAUCCCCAGAACACACCUGUAUUAAAUCCAAGACCGAGGACCCCAUGGCCAUCUUCUUCACCAGUGGGACCACGGGCCUCCCCAAGAUGGCGAAGCAUAGCCACUCACUUGCCUUACGCUCCUACCUCCCUUCAUGCAGGAAAUUGCAGCAGCUGAAGCCAUCUGACAUCUCCUGGUGCCCAUCAGACCCCGGCUGGAUUCUGGCUGUGGUGGGGUCCCUGCUGGAACCGUGGACAGCAGGAUCCACCAUCUUCAUCCAUUCUCUGCCUCAGUUUGACCCCAAGCUCAUGGUAGAGGUAUUAUCCAAAUACCCUAUCACCCAGUUUCUUGCUGCACCAUCUGUGUUCCGAAUGAUUCUGCAGCAGAAUUUCACCAGUCUCAGGUUCCCCACCCUACAGCACUGCUCCACUGGCGGGGAGGCCCUGCUGCCCGAGGAGCAGGAGAAGUGGAAGAAACAGACUGGCCUCCUGCUGCACGAGAUCUACGGACAGUCGGAAGUGGGAAUGAGCUGUGGUGUCCCCCGAGGAACGAAGAUCAAGCCGGGUUCCAUGGGGAAGGCCAUCUCUCCCUUUGAUGUCCAGAUCAUUGACAGCAAGGGCAACGUCCUGCCGCCCAACACUGAAGGGAGCAUUGGCAUCAGGAUAAAGCCCACAAGGCCCACUGGUCUCUUCAUGUGCUAUGAGAACAACCCAGAGAAGACAGCCGAGGUGGAGUGUGGGGACUUUUACAACACUGGGGACAGAGCGACCAUGGACGAGGAGGGCUACAUCUGGUUCCUGGGGAGGGACGAUGACGUCAUCAACGCCUCGGGGUACCGCAUCGGGCCGACGGAGGUGGAGAACGCCCUGGCGGAGCACCCAGCCGUGAAGGAGUCAGCCGUGGUGAGCAGCCCGGACGCAUCUCGAGGGGAGGUGGUGAAGGCGUUCGUCGUCCUCAACCCGCAGUUCCUGGCCCAUGACCAGCGGCAGCUCACCAAGGAGCUGCAGGAGCACGUGAAGGCCUUGACGGCGCCGUACAAGUACCCACGGAAGGUGGAGUUCGUCCCAGAGCUGCCCAAAACCAUCACUGGCAAGAUUAAGCGGAGCGAACUUCGGAAAAAGGAGUUUGGCCAGAUGUGAUUGGCAGCAGAGCCGGAAACCCACCGUGCGACCUUGGGCGGAUCCCUGGCUGCCUCAGUUUCCCCCAUGUGAUUGGGAUGCAGAUGAGGAGUUGAGAGGGCUGAUUUGGAAGGGUGUCAGGGGUGCCAAGAAGUUUUGUUGUUUUAUGUUAGAUUCCAUGACUCCGCUGCCUCCAAGUCCCCCCUUGGUCUGGAUUGCCCACGUAGGUGCACAAGCUGGGGUUGUAGAUAAUAAAAUGCAGUCAUCGGCAUCAACA